CGAGAGCGAGCCGCGCGCGAGGAUUGUUGAAACUCUAACCCUAAUCAUAAUCAAAUCAUUGCGCGCUGAAAAACAUGUCAAACGACGAAACGCUUCGCUCUUUAAUGUUCACGCUUAGUUACGUGCUGAUGAAGCGACGUCGGGACGUCACGAGCGCGGACGCGCAGCGGCGACGCGAAGUGCAGCGGCGCGUCACUCACAGACAGUAUUUCCAUCAGAAACACAAGAGGAUGCUCAUGAUGAUGAUCGCCCAAACCUCUCGGCCUGUCAGCGACAUACCCGUGCGUCCCACACGUGUUUGGAGCAACAUCGAGAGCACUGAUUGGUGGGAGCGGGUGGUCAUGAGAGAGUUCCAGCCCUCCGAUUGGCUGGAAAAGUUUCGCAUGACUAAAGAGACGUUCUUUCUCCUCUGCGGCAAGCUGAAGCCCCGCCUCAAUCGUCAAGACACCCGGCUCCGCCCCGCGCUGCCCCUGGAAAAGCGGGUGGCUGUGGCGUUGUGGCGCCUGGCCUCAAACGUGGAGUACCGUACCAUCAGCACCCUGUUCGGCGUGGGCCGUUCCACUGUCUGUAAGUGCGUGCGGGAUGUGUGCCACGCCAUCGUGUUGCUCCUGCGACCGCUUUACCUCCGCACGCCCAGCGAGCACGAGCUGGAGGACGCCGCCCGACUCUUCGCCACCCGCUGGGGCUUCCCGCACUGCGUGGGCGUGGUAGGCAGCCUCCACGUGCCCAUCAUCGCGCCAUCCAGCAACACCGACAACUACUGGAACAGCCGCGGCUGGCUGUCGGUGGUCACGCAAGGCGCCGUCAACGGUCUGGGUCAGUUCUGGGACGUGUGCGCCGGCUUCCCGGGCAGCACCGAACACUCGGCCAUCCUGCAGAACUCUACCCUGUGGGCGCGCGCGUGCGACGGCGGUGGCUUUCUGCUGCGCGACCCGCCUCUGAACUUGGUGGGCUGCCCACUGGGCUACCUGAUGCUGGGUGACGCUGGCUACCCUCUGAAGAGCUGGCUGUUGAAGAGCUACCCAGAAUCCGGCGAGCUCACGGCGGCUCAGAGGGUCUUCAACCGCAAGCUAGAGCAACCGCGGGGCGUGGUGGACGAGGCCUUCCUGCGGCUGCGGGCACGUUGGCAGUGCCUGCUGAAGCGCAAUGAUUGCCGCAUGGAUGUGGUGCCCACCAUGAUCCUGGCGUGCUGCGUCCUCCACAACGUGUGCGAGGUGCACGGUGACGAGUUCGACAGGAGGUGGGAGGAGGCGGUGCGUCACGAGGAGAGCCCGCAGCCUGCCGACGAGGUGUCGCCCUCUGCUGAUGACCCUCAAGCAGAAGAGGUCCGAGCACUGUUUUGUCAGUACUUCCUGCAGCAGGAGAACCAGCGGAGAACUUUAGCUUGCUGAGGAGAAACUGCAGCGUGUCAGCGUGAUAACGUUCUGUGUUUGAGAAAGACACGAUCGGAUCUGUGUUCUGAGAAAAGACCCUCAGUGCUUCUCUUCUAUAGUUCUGGACUUGUUUUAGGAGCACAGCAACCGUCUGGAAUGCACACGCACGCACGCACGCACGCACGCACGCACGCACGCACGCACGCACGCACGCACACACACACACACACACACACACACGCACGGCUUUGGUUGACUAUCCCCGUGGGGACAGUCCAUAGGCGUAAUGUUUUUAUACUGUACAAACUGUAUAUUCUAUCCCUAACCCUAUCCCUAAACCUAAAGAUCAUAGAACACUUUUUGCAUUUUUAGAUUUGUAAAAAAUAUUGUUCUGUACACUUUAUAAGCUUUUGUGCCCAUGAGGACCUCAAUUUUGGUCCCCACGGUGACACGAGUCCCCAUGUGUUGGUGUGUAUUCAGGUUCAGGUCCCCACCGGGAUAUACAAACAUGAACACACACACACACACACACACACACACACACACACACACACACACACACACACACACACACACACACACACACACACACACAUCAAAUGUACAUCAGCUAUAGGUCACUUUGGAUAAAAGCUUCUGUAUGAACGUAAAUCAGAUACUCUGUGUGUCUGUAUAUGAUCAUGUGUAGGGAUGUAACGAUUCCCUGUGAGCCGGUUGAAAAUCGAUUAUAAUAUGUGACGAUUCAAGCCGGUUGAGAUGUUAUUUGAAUCAUAAUACAUGUUUGGAACAGCAGGGGCCGCUGUGUUUACCGCAAACUUGGAAAGCGUGGAUGUGCUGAUAUUUCUUAACCUUUUUAAACCGGAUUUGACCAAGCUGUAUUCAUUUGACCGUAACUCUUCAACCAUUUGUGCUUUCAAAAGAAUUUGAAUUGCUCCUAAAAGUAGACAAAUUGAGCUUUUCGACCCUGUAUUCAUGUGUAUGUGUGUAUUACGGUAAUCACUUGCGUUUCAUCAGCCAAUUGUUGCUGUUUUCGUGGAGAGCGGCAGAGGGCAGAUAUGAACAGGGAAUUACGGAGUGUGACAGAUCCUCUGAUCUUUUUUUGUUUAAGUAAAGUAAUAAAAAGAUUUUUGACCAUGAAACUGACGGUGACAUUCUGACCCGGAAGAGGAAUAUGCUGUCAGUGUCGUAAAUGUUGUCUCGUGAGAAAUGUCUGUAAAAUAGGCUUAGUAUUAGUGUUUCAAAAAAACAGUUUCAUAUGUCUUAGUACGUGGGGUGUGCGUAGGCUAUGCCUUCAUGCGCAUGCGUGGAUUUGUAUGCAUGCUUGUGUGCUCUUAUAUGCGUGCAUGUGCGCAAAAGUAUGCGUGCACAUACGCAGUGUAUAUCUGAGUGUGUCUCUGGACUUGGUUUUUAUAUGUUAGUGGGGACCUAAACCUGAAUGCACACCAACUCAUGGGGAAACCAACUAAAUUGUACAGAACGAUAAUUUUUGAAAAUCUAAAAAUGCAAAAAGUGUUCUAUGAUCUUUAGGUUUAGGGAUAGGGGAUAGAAUAUACAGUUUGUACAGUAUAAAAACAUUACGCCUAUGGACUGUCCCCACGGAGAUAAUAAACCAGACAUGUGUGUGUGUGCGCGCGCAAGUGUUGGGGUAUGUGUAUGUGUGUGUGUGUGUGUGUGUGUGCAAUUGGACAGGAACUGCUUCAGACAGCACUACAUUUGAGUGAAUUGAGUGAAAAGUGCAAAGAACGCCUGGAAAACUGGGGUCAAAAAAGGCUCCUGAAUGAAAACUAUGUACAUGAGCGACACUAAAACGCCUUUUUUGCUGAAAGUGGUAGAUUCUUUUGUUUUUUUGAGAAUUUCUGAAUAAAAAUACAGUAAAAAUGUA